CUUAAGCCAAUUGCCGCGAAGACAACCCCUUCACUCCCAUAGUGUCUUUAUUUUUGGAAACCAUAAAAACGCUCUCGACAAGGGACCUAGCGGGCGUAAAGCUAAUAAAAACAUUCGUGGCUUUCCACAAUUGACGAUCGUGAGGGAAGCUCAUUGCAUGCAUGGCAAGCCCUCAUCCAUUUAAAAAAAAAAAAAUUUACACGUCGUGACUGGAGCGAUGCAAAUGUCACCCGAAUCAUCGGCGAAUUGCUUUCUUACGCCGUUGAGCUGAGAAUUCGCCCACAUUGCUACCGUGGAAGGAAGCUGGAUAGCCGCUUCAGGACUCGGACAGCUCCUCGUACUCGCUCCCUCCUCCUGCUGCUACGCGGGACUCCCGCUGAGCUCGCCGGGGAAGCCCUCCGCCGAUCGGCGGCGUCAGCUCAUGGCUCCGGUUCUGAUGGUGGCGGUGGUACCGAACCGGAGUGCAGCAGCUGCUACUACGAUGCCGGGCCACGAAGCGUGUCGCGCUUGAGGUUCACUCGGGGGGAGCUUUUACUCUUCGGCCAUGUGAGUCCCACUCAGGUAGGCGAAGUAGCUCUUUCCUUCCAUAAAUUCCAUUUUCAUUCGGGUUUUUUUUGGCAGCUCACAAAAUACUGUUCCCACCUGAACGCGCUCACACACUCAAGCGGGAAGUGAUGAAGAGUCGUCAAAAGUUUUGACAAAAUGUUGGCGUUGUUGAAAAUGUUACUUGUUACUUUGUUCCCAACCAGAAACCUAAGUAGCAUGCCUCAGCGUAUCCUAAAAAACUGAAACGUUUUAAAUUGCUCUUGUCAGAGAGGAAUUAAUACUGCAGUUUUAAUCAUGUCGUUUUUCUCUUAAUAACCCUCAUUUAUAACGCACCAAAACUAUAUCAUAAAAAAGUACAAUUUUACAUUUUGCAAAUGUUUAUUCGAUUAAUAUGUGCAAUUUUUUAUGUAAUCAAAUAAAGGGAAAAUAGCUUGCAGUUGUAUACCACUAAUUCGUACAAAAAUAAUACCUUUAGUCCUAUUUUUUAAAACACACACAAACUCAACAAAUCCAUCUACAUUGUGAAAUGACUGACUUGAUUAUAUUUGCAAGUCUGAUGCACUUACUGGAUCUCAUUAGAUCAUGCAGGUGAAGCUAAACUACUACAACACGUUGAAUGUUGGCAAUGUAGCCUAAGGCUCGUCUCAUCCAUCGCUAUGUGUUUGCUGCUUCCCACCGCCAUGUCAACUUCCACUGUACAAAUCCUUUUUUGUGUGUCUGUCACUCAUCACUUUCAAUGAAUUCUGCCCAAUAGGUUCACCAUGAAAGCAGCAGCAUAUAGGCGGUGAAUUACAAGAGAAGGACGGACGAGUGGAAAGUGGCAAUAAGAAUUAAACAUCUCUCCUCCCUCUCACCAGACGACAUGGCUAAUGCUGGGGACGUGGGGACUGCAGCUCUGUCAGACUUGGAGGUCAUCUCCCAGCAGGUGGACGAUGAGAACCAAUGCUUGGCUCCUCCGGUCCAGCUGGUGAGUUUCGGCUACCGAGACCUUCCGCUCGCGGCGCUGGACCUCUCCAUGGCUGGCUCGCAGCUCCUUUCCAAUGCCGAUGAAGAUGAAGCCCGGGAAGGGUCCAACUGGCUAAAGCCUUGCUGUGGCCGUCGAGUGGCCCUAUGGCAAGUCUGUCUGCUCAGUGCUGGUUUCAAUUGUGUCCUGGUAGCUUGCGUUAUUCUGGUGGUGCUCUUCCUCUCCUUGGAGCUACUCAUCGACACCAAACUCCUUCAAUUUACCAAUGCUUUCCAGUUUGCCAGCAUCAUCCACUGGAUCAGUCUCAUCAUCCUGUCACUUUUCUUUUCAGAGACUGUCUUCAGAAUUGUUGUGCUCGGGAUCUGGGACUACAUCGAAAACAAAGUCGAGGUGUUUGACGGAGCCGUCAUCGUGUUGUCCCUGGCCCCCAUGGUGGCCUCCACGGUGGCCAACGGGCCCAGCAGCCCCUGGGACGCCAUCAGCCUCAUCAUUACUCUGCGCAUCUGGAGGGUGAAGAGGAUCAUCGACGCUUACGUGCUCCAAGUCAAAGUCGAGAUGGAACUGGAAAUCCAACAGUGCGAGAAGACGAAAGCAGUGCGAGAGGAGCAACUGGAGCGUCUCACGCAAAUCUGCCAGGAACAGGCUUUUGAGAUCAGGCAGCUGCGAGCUCACCUGGCCCAGCAGGACCUGGACCUGGCGGCGGAGCGCGAGGCUGCUAUGCAGAUGCAUCGCGUGUGGGCAAAGCAGGGCAGGAGUUUCCAAGUUGUGGAGGGCUUGACUCCUGGGGAGUCUGACGACGAGGGCGCUCACAGGAAUCCCAGAGAGCUGCACAACGCUGCAGAUCCAGUUGUCCGUGAUGACAUGAACAACUACAUCAGCCAAUAUUACAGCGAAGCAAGCAGCGAUGGUAAGACGUGUGGCUUAGGAACCGGCGUGGUCACCACAGCCUCCAUCGACAUCCACCGCCCCACCAAUCACAUCCAGCCCAACCCCGCUCACGACCUAAACCAGAACUACAGCUCCCACCCCUGCCGCCCCCCUCCUUUCUCGGGACAGGACCAGAGCACAGUGGUCCAGGAGCUCCUCUCGUCUCUUUCUGAGGACUCCCGCCUCGCUCAGAAAGGACUUACGGUGGAUCCGGUCAACCUUAAGCUCCCCAGUCCCACAGGCUCCGAGAAGGCUAGCCCGGAGCUGGACAACAGAAUAAAGGUGUUCAACCGCAGGAACCACCAGGAGAGGCGGGGCCGAGGUUGCGUCCUGCUGCAAACCAAGCCGCUCAUCCACCUACAGGGCGGCGCCGCCGAGCCCUCUUUGGAGGAGAAGUACCGUCUUCUUGGUCCGGCCGACACGCCUCUGGGACACAUGUCGGACACAUAGCACAUUUACAGCUGCACUUGAUGAAGACCUCGUGAGAGUUGUUCUGUCUUCACUGAGGACCAAGAUCUCCAACAUUCCCUGGUCCUCCAUGAUGGAUAUGAGGAGGAGGCUAGUUGCCCACAUAUAGCACAACAAAUACAACAACCCCUCACGUCAAAGUGGAUCUUCAAAUGAUGUCUUGAAACCAGUAAAGGAAAAUAAGACUUGGGUGAUUCAGCCUUAAUUUGCUGUCUAAAGAAGUUAACAACUCAGGGUGUACUCACACUUGGUCUCUGGAAUCGUGGCUGACUUCAACAGUCGGGCUUUGACCCAUUCAAAAGUGCCAUCGCUUCAUUUUACAAAUUAUUGCAAGCUUACUGAGGAGCAGUGGUUGAUGCUGACAAGUCCAUUGCCCAGGUGCUUGUUUUUUUUACUUUGUGGAUUAUUUUGUGUCAUUCUGUUUAUUUUUAUUGCGCACUGUGGCAGUUUCAUGAUUUAUGAAGAACUGGUAAGAGGAGCAAUCACAGUAAGUAAUUGUAUGACACAUGCUCAUGUGCCUUUGAAUCAUUGAACAAUUUUUGACUUGUUUUUCUAUUCUUUAUUUCCAUUGUGCGUUGUGGCAUUUAUGAUGGAUAGCUGGUGAGAGGAGCGACCAACAUCAAUCAUAUGAACUGGAUUUUGGGAGUCAAGUGAGCCCGAGCACGGUUCAAAUAGCUAAGUGUGAGUACAUCCUAAGGCCUUAGGUCUUUUCGGUCAUCUACUAGAACAUUCAGAAAUGUUACCAACCCGUGAUAUUGAAUUGAUAGUUAUUCUCUCCUGGACCUGACGUGUUGUUGAACACACGUCCGAAAUACUUGGUUUGAACUGCUCUUAAAAACACGGAACUUUCUACCAAUAAAAACCAGCAAAGGGGCCGUUCAAGCCUUCAUGAACCUCAUUGGUCAGU